AUGCUCGGCGCGGGAGCCGAGGAGACUUUGUGCUGCGGCAGAGCUUCCUCUUCUGCAGUUUCCUCUUUCACUCUCGCCGCCGCGGUCCCUCCCUGGCUCUUAUUUCUGCGCGUCUCGGGCACAGACUUCCUGCCGCCGCUCGCCCGGCUCCUUUGCUGCCGGCUGCCAGCCUCACUUUCUGCUACUUUCUUGCCUCCCUUCUCCUCCCUCCCCGCCGCCCGCCCUGCUCCCUCCCCCCUCCUCCUCCCGCGGGCUCCCCGCCCUCUCCGGGCUCCCCGGCCGCCUCCCGCCUCUCCGCCUCCCGCGCGCCGCCGCCUUCGGGGAUGUCCUGCUCCCCGGGAGCGCCUUGCCCCGGGCGCGGGGGCACCCGCGCGUCGCCGCACGCUCCCCGCCGCCGCACGCGCCCUGGAGCCCGGGAAAGGGCAGGUGCAGGGAACCCGGGCAGGUGCGGAAGUCGGGGAGCUUGCUGAAGGACCCCGGCCCUCCGGGGCUGCCUAA